GAUUCAAUUAUUUUGCAAUCCCAGGAAAGUUUAAAUCUUACAUUAUACACAGCAUUUAUGCAGUGGCCUGUGGGCUUCAAGUUGCACCCAGGGUUCUCCCAAUAGGCAGUCCCUACUAUUUUUAACUCUUACGUUUUAACAUCCCCAGUCAAACCCCUGCUGAAGGGAAAUGGUUUGGACUGGUCCCAUUCUAAUAGUUGUGCUGUUUGCCUUGAUUUUUAUGUUUAUUAUGAAAAUUAGGCAUUUCCCAAAUGGCAGCAUUAAUAAGGAUUUCCCCCCCGGACCAUGGCCCAUGCCCAUCAUUGGAAAUCUACACAUCAUGGAUCUGAAGAGACCUUACUGCACUCUUCAUAAGGUAAAUCUUCCAGCUGUUUCUAUUAUCACAAGACUGCACAAGGGACAGAGGCUGUCAAAAACCUAUGGCCCAGUCUUCAGCAUCCAGAUGGGCUUGAAGAAAAUGGUGGUGCUAUCAGGCUACAAGACGGUGAAGGAAGCUCUCAUGAACCAGGCAGAUGCUUUUGCAGAGAGAGCUGAAGUCCCAAUAUUUGAAGAACUAACAAGGGGAUAUGGUAUUACUUUUGCACAUGGUGAAAACUGGAAAGCAAUGCGAAGAUUUGCACUCUCAACUUUACGAGACUUUGGAAUGGGUAAAAGAGCUAUAGAGGACCGGAUUGUUGAAGAGUGUGAAUAUCUGACAGAAAGGUUGGAAUCCUAUAAAGGAAAGCCCUUUGAGACCAGCACAAUAGUGAAUGGGGCAGUCGCUAAUAUCAUUGUAUCAAUACUAAUCGGAGAGCGGUUUGACUAUGAAGACCCCCGAUUCAUAAGACUCAUAACUUUGAUAAAUGAAACUGUCAGGCUUGUUGGGAGUCCCUCAAUUUCGAUCUAUAAUAUAUGCCCGGCACUUGGAUUCCUACUGAAGGCUUACAAGACAAUUACUCAAAACAGAGAUGAGUUUUAUGCUUUUGCACAGGCUACUUUCAUGAAACACCUCAAAAAACUGGAUAAAAAUGAUCAACGAAGUCUUAUUGAUGUAUUCCUCAUAAAACAGCAGGAGGAGAAAAAUGUCACGAAGAAAUAUUUUCAUAAUGACAAUUUAAAAAAUCUUGUGUUCAAUUUGUUUGUUGCUGGCAUGGAGACCACUUCCACCACGUUACGUUGGGGCCUCUUCCUAAUGAUGAAGUACCCCAAAAUUCAACAAAAAGUCCAUGAUGAGAUAGACAGAGUUGUAGGAUCAAACCCACCACGUAUCGAACACCGAGCUAAAAUGCCCUACACAGAUGCAGUUAUCCAUGAAAUGCAGAGGUUUGCAAAUAUUUCACCAUUGAACUUGCCUCAUGCAACCACCAUGGAUGUCACUUUCAAAGGCUACUUCAUCCCAAAGGGAACUUACAUCAUCCCCUUCCUGGGCUCUGUGCUGCGAGACAUAUCUCAGUGGGAGAAGCCAGAUGAUUUCUAUCCUGAGCAUUUUCUUGACUCUGAAGGGAAGUUUGUAAAGAAGGAGGCCUUCAUGCCAUUCUCAGCAGGCCGGAGGAUGUGUGCAGGAGAGACUCUUGCCAAAAUGGAGCUCUUCCUCUUCUUCACAAGCCUCCUGCAGAGGUUCACAUUUCACCCUGCCCCUGGCAUUUCCCCUUCAGACCUAGACCUCACCCCUGCAGUUGGGGUUAUUACACCCCCAAUGCCCCAUAAGGUCUGUGCAGUGCCACGGGUUUAGGAUUUAUUUUGCCAUCCCUUCUUAUCUGGUUGUCUCUUUAGGCCUCCCCGUGCAUCUCUGUGAGUACAGGGACAUGCACAGACCUUUGGGUACAAUCUGAAUGAUAUUUUCUUGGAGCCCAUUCCCUGGCCCCUCAUUUGGCCAAUGCACCACUCUACUGAUUUCCAGGGAUCUUAGUGGGGUCCCACCACUUAAACAAGUUUAUUUCCCAUUGUAUUCUAAAAUUUCAUGAAUUUCUGUGCAUGCCCUUUGAGGAAGAUCCAGUGCCCACCUAUAGGGCGCUUAGAAGAGCAUCAUGGAUGACUGCAGGAAAUGUGGUAUAACGUCCAUAGAAGCUUUGGCCUAAAAAUACUCCUGAUGAUGACUUUCCUGGACCCCCCAAAAUGCUGAUUCUGCAACUUCAGUGGUCACUACAUCCUGCAUGGAUGAUUUCCAGCUUGCUAGGAAGGACUUAAGAGGAGUCCGGCUAGAGGCAAAAUAAUUCCAGCUCUACAAAGUCUCUCCAGUCUUUCUCUACAUUGUUAAAAAUAGGCUACACUAUAUGAAUUCAAAACACACCCUUUCCCUUAUAAACAAAAGGCUUACAGAGAAAAGAUGUUUUAGUGUGGGGCUCAAAUUGUGAAAACUUCUCCAAAUCCUUUUUUUUUUCCUGACUCCAGUUGUAGCACUACAUUCCAGGAAACUGCAUAUAGAAAAAAAACGGUGGAAAAAAAUGCAAAUGUACCUCAUUUUAAUUAUACUGUUUCCAGCCGUAUUCAAAAAGAUUAUUAAUUCUACAUUCCUGUGCCUUAUCAUACUUUUAAAAACAAUAUUUUUUUUUAUUUAAAUUAAUAGUCCUAUUUUUAAUCACAUGAUAUUACAAAAGUUAUGUAUCAUCAGUAAAACCUUUGGGUCAGAACAAACAGUGUGACAUGUGCCUAAUGUACACAGAAUAAAUAGUGGCAGGGAGGCGAUAGAUGGCUGCUACAUGGUUCCCUGCAAGUAGUCUUUGGAAUUAAAAAAAAAUAAAAAAAAUUCUACUAUAA